UCUUUAAGAUGGCGGCGGUGGCGGCCGCACGAGCUGUGUCUGCGGGCCCUGGGCUCCGCGGCCUAAAACGGACACUGCCUCUUGUAGUAAUUCUCGGGGCCACGGGCACCGGCAAAUCCACGCUGGCGUUACAGCUAGGCCAGCGGCUCGGUGGCGAGAUCGUCAGCGCUGACUCCAUGCAGGUUUAUGAAGGCCUAGACAUCAUCACCAACAAGGUUUCUGCCCAAGAGCAGAGAAUGUGCCAGCACCACAUGAUCAGCUUUGUGGAUCCUCUUGUGACAAAUUACACAGUGGUGGACUUCAGGAACAAAGCAACUGCUCUGAUUGAAGAUAUAUUUACCCGAGAUAAAAUUCCUAUUGUCGUGGGAGGAACCAAUUAUUACAUUGAGGCUCUGCUCUGGAAAGUUCUUGUCAAUGCUAAGCCCUGGGAGAUGGGCACUGAGAAAGUGAUUGACCAGAAAGUUGAGCUUGAAAAGGAGGAUGGCCAUGCGCUCCACAAACGCCUAAGCCAGGUGGACCCAGAAAUGGCUGCCAAGCUGCACCCACAUGACAAGCGCAAAGUGGCCAGGAGCUUGCAAGUAUUUGAAGAAACAGGAAUCUCUCAUAGUGAAUUUCUUCAUCGUCAACAUGCAGAGGAAGGUGGUGGUCCCCUUGGAGGCCCUCUGAAGUUCCCUAACCUGUGCAUCCUCUGGCUUCAUGCUGAACAGACAGUUCUAGAUGAGCGCUUGGAUAAGAGGGUGGAUAACAUGAUCGCCGCUGGGCUCUUGGAUGAACUAAGAGAUUUUCACAGACGCUAUAAUGAGAAGAAAAUUGUGGAAAACAGCCAGGACUAUCAACAUGGUAUCUUCCAAUCAAUUGGCUUCAAGGAAUUUCACGAGUACCUGAUCACUGAGGGAAAAUGCACACCAGAGACUAGAAACCAGCUCCUAAAGAAAGGUAUUGAGGCUCUGAAACAAGUGACUAAGAGAUAUGCCCGGAAGCAAAACCGAUGGAUUAAAAACCGUUUUUUGAGCAGACCUGGUCCCAGUGUUCCCCCAGUAUAUGGCUUAGAAGUGUCUGACGUCUCGAAGUGGGAAGAGUCUGUUCUUGAACCUGCUCUUGAAAUUGUGCGAAGUUUCAUCCAGGGCCACAAGCCUGCAGCUACUCCAGUAAAGAUGCCAAGCAGUGAAACUGAGAACAAGAGAAGUUAUCACAUGUGUGACCUCUGUGAUCGAAUCAUCAUUGGGGACCGUGAAUGGGCAGCACACAUGAAAUCCAAGUCCCACUUGCACCAACUGAAGAAAAGAAGAAGGUUGGACUCAGAUGCCAUCACUACCAUAGAAAGUCAGAGUAUUUCCCCAGACCAUGAUAAAGAGCUUAAAGAAAAGGGAUCCCUAGGGCAGAAUGAUGAAGAGCUGAAAUCCGGCGUUUAAGGGACUUGUCCAGUGGCCUUUGCAUACGUGGGGGGGGUCCAGUUCUUUCAUUCAGUGGUGUGGUUUUAUUUAUUUCUUUCUUUUCUUUUUUUUUUUUUAGUGGUGUGGUUUUAACCUCUCAUGUUCUCUGUCAUGGAAACAGCAGGCCUUGUUAGCUCCUGUGUGGCUGAUAUGUCUGGUCUGGUAAUGAGUUUGGGAAGGGCUUUUUUUUUUCUUUUAACCUUAAAGUUUCUAUUUUUGAAAGAGGCACAGAUUGCACUUUUUUACAUUUGAUCUUUUUGGUGACUGGGAUUUACUGUAUCCCUUAAAAAAAAGUUUUAUGUCCUUGACUCUGGCUGGAAAUAUCUAAUUUCCAGACACUUGUAUAGAUGAUUGAGUCAUUGUGAGCCACAAUUCAAGAUUUCUGGAUUUGGGUGAAUGGCAGUAAAGGAUCAGCCCCAGUGAGAUAAUUAAGUGAACCAAACCAGUUUUUGGAAUUGCAUGGAGACGGAGAGAAUCAGACUGAGGUGGUUGUGACAUGGAACUUGAAAACUGAAGACUGACAUUUGUUGAGCUCCUCCUGUGUGAUAAUCACUGCUAUCUUUCUAUUGAGUUAGGAGACUAUAUUUUUAUUGAAAGUUAAAUAAAGAAAAAGUUUGCAAGAACCUCUCUAGUCCUUAAAAAGAUGUUUAUGUUCAUGUCUAACUUAUAUACAGUAUGCUUUGUUUUCAACAUGAGAGCUUUUUCUCAAAGUCGAUGUUCUUAAUAUGCUAUCUAUUUGUUUAUUUAGCACAUGUUUAUUGAGCACUUACUAUAUUCCUGGAAAACAUCUGGAGAGGAUCUUUUUUUUUAUUGGAGAUUUGUUAUCUCCAGUUGAAGCUCUCUUAUUGGAGUGACCUGAGCUACCAGCAACGUGAGUAUACAUAUAUAUGAAUAUAACAUAAGAUUAAACAUUUUUAAGUUUGCAGUUCAGCAGCGUUUAUGUUGUGCAACCAAAACUUUUUCAUCACCCCAGACAGAAACUCUGCACCCAUUAAGCAGUAACUCCUCACUCAAGCAGUAUUUUAUUUGUUCUGAAUCUACUAUAUGAGAGGCCCUAGAGUAGGCUAGAGGGAUACAGAGAUACAAUGAAAUGUGGUUCUUGCUUUCAGGGAGCUUGUAAAUAUCUUAUAUAUACACAGACAACAAAUUUAGGUAAGAGACUAUCAAAGACCGUAAGAGCUGUAUAGAAUUUCACUUUGGAGGGAAGAGGGGAGGGAUCGUGGAAGAAGGCGCAUUUCUGCGGGACCUGAAAAAGCAGUUCUUUGUGAAUGUAUGUGAGCUAGCUAUGCAAAAGUUUUAUUUUUUCACUAGAUUUUUUUACAUAGUUCAAUUUUCAAAAAUCAAAAUCAUAUAAAAAGACAAAGACAUUCAUUGAGAAAUCUCGCUCCUACCUCCAUCCCCUUCUCCUCCCAUAGAUAACCACUUAUUAGUUUUUUUACAUACCUCUCAAGUGUUUUUUUAAGUAUCAAUAAAUAUGAACAAAUACAAAUAUAUAUUCUUAUUUCUUCCCCUUACCCAAAAGAUAACAAAGAGCACAUACUGUCUUUAUCCGUUACCUUACCUGUUGGCAGUACCUGGGUGUGCAUGGGUUUCCCCUGCCUCCUCUGGUAGGUCUCCCGUUUCUGUUCUUUACCACCCUCCCGAGGGUCCCCCAGUUGAGCACAGGCCAUAAGCAUACUGAACUUGAUUCAGAUGCCAGGGUUAGGCCAAAACCAGCCUCUGAGGAAAUCUUAAGCUAUGGCCAGCCCUUUCAUUCAGCCAGCAGAUAUUUUAGAACUUACUAUGUGCCAGGUGCUGUGCUGGACUCUGGGAAUCCAGUGAUCAAAAAAGUCCACAUUGAUCAAAUAAUUACAGCUGUAGUAAGGGCUAUAAAGAAAGGACACUCGCGGUGAGUGCAGGUAAUCCACAGUCCUGCCCGUGCUUGGUGUGUGGGAGUGUGUGUGGGGGUGGGGAGGUGUGUGUCGAGGUGCGUGGUGUGACACAGCAGGAUGCUGGGGCAGGAGUCUGAAGCCAAGACUGUACGUGGUACCCCGUGGUCUGGAAAGCUGGGCUUCUCAACUUGACUUCAGUGGCUUCUCCUCCCCCAGUCUGUGGGAUAUCCUGGCCCCCUUGGGUUUUAUUGAGACUUACCCACGUUAACUGAUUUGAAUCUCAAGAAUAAAUGUAUUCUUUGGUCAGAGAAGAAAUUGUCAUUGAAUCCACGUCAUCUUAUUCUUUAGAUUAAAUGUGUAAUUUUCCCAAUCAGUUUAUUAACCGCUUCAGGAGCUAAUGGGGUGGGAAGCGGUAUCUUCCCACUGGAAGUGGAGGUGAAUACUUAUUGUGAGCCAAGGGGGACCAAGCAGUUUAUAUACAUUAGCUUCUCAUACAGUCCUGGGAAAGAGACGCUGUUUCUAUACAUGUUUACCAAUGGGGAAACGGGCUCAGCAAAGGCACCCAACUAGUAAGUGGCAAAGCCGGGAUUGAGGCGAGGCCACAGAAUUAAGAGUUCAAGCUGUUGAGCCCUGUGUUAAGGUGGCUGGUUUUAAGGAGGAACAUUAGUCUCUGAAAUGCUCUUCACACAAGUUGCUAAAUAUGUUUUAAAGCUUAAAAAAAAGUUUCAGUGGAGAAGCAGGAAAAACUAGUUUUAAUAAUCCUUCCUUAAAAACCUUUAAUCCGUCCAUCUGAAAUACCUGGAGCAGUAACUUCUCGUUGAACUGACUCACUGCUAUCUCUCUGGCAGUUGGAAAUCAGGGAUUUCUUGAAAAAGAAGAAUCAAAGUGCCCAAUAUUUAACUAAGUUUAAGGCACUGUGGUUGUGCCUGCUACCCCUGUUCUUAGACUCAGCAGGAUGGAAUUCCUUUACCAGCAGCAGAGGGCCUGAGGAAGGCAGAACCCUCACUAGGAAUCUCCUUGGUGCCCUGGCCUGAGGCACUGCCUUGAGGUGGAUGUCCCCUGUCUGCCUGCUGCCCUCUGAAUGACUUUGCUGUUGUACGUAGGGAAGGGAGUAGCUCUGUCUAAUGAUCUUCCUAUAUGUAGAGAUGAAAGGCUCCUUAGCACCUUCUUGUAUGGAUGGGGAAACUGAGGCCCAAAACAUGGAUGUUCCACAGCCACAGAGCAAGUUGUGACAAAGCCAGAACAAGCCUGAGGUCUCCUCUCUCACUCAGCUGCCCAAUCUCAUACCAAAUCUCAUUUGAGAGCAGGAAGGGGCCAGCUUUGGGCAUUUUGUUCAGCCUGGAGUGAGGAUAAGGAAUGCCAUUUUGUACCAUCUUGCCUCAGAUAAUCCCUAGACAAGCAGAGCCUUUCAGCGCAGGUACCCAGAGUCUCCAGUCCAUGGCGGUGCUAUCUAAAUGGCUUUGGCGGUUAAUUCCAGCACUCAGCAAGCUAUUAGGUCCAUCUACCUCUGUCAGUAAAAACCUUUUCCCGUCAGUUUUAUUGAGAGAUAAUUGACAGAUAAAGCAGAAAUCUUGACUAGACUUUAGACACUUCUUGUAGUUCAGACAAUGCUGUUUUAAGUAGGUAGGAAAUACUUUGACUCCAGAAAGAGAGGUGGAUUCUUAGUCUUUAAAAUACUUUGCUUGUUUUUUAGGGCUCAGCAAAAGAACAUUUCAUCUAUAGUCUAGGUAUAUGGUUUGAGCCUUUGUAAUUCUCAGCAAUUAUUUGUGUUCUUAGCCUCAAUCCCACAUUCUACAAAGAAGAUUUUUCUGCUUAAAACACUCAGCACAACAUUAAAACAACAACAAUAAAAACACACAGAGAAAAAACACUAGAAAGUAAGCUUUCAUGAAUGCAGUAACCUGUCUGUAUAUCCCCAGCGUCUAGAAAGUCAAAUAUUUGUUGAAUUAGUUGCGUGAAAGCCUCACAGUUAAGUGGAUUUCUGCAUAAAUAAUCUGCUUUAAUUGUUAAAUAGCUUUUAACUAAGAUGAAGAAAUCUUGGGAUAGUAGCCACAGGAAGGAAUUUCAUUAUUUGAUUAUCACCUACUUGGGUGGUUAGGGCUGUUUUCUGAAAAGAUGGCUAACGGGUCAUUGGUAAAGCUAUUUUGAAUACGUACAAAGGACGCUGCCUGGUUGUAUUAGUUAGGGUAAAAGGCUAAACUGCUGUAACAAAGAGACUCAACAAUACAGUGGCUUAAAGAACAAAGAAGUUUGUUUCCUCCUCACAUAACAACUCUGAGGGGAGUUAACAUUUCCGAAGUGAGCGGUCCAGGUCAGUGGGGCAGCUCCACUCUAAGCGGUCAUUCAGGGACACAGAUUCCCUGUAUCAUGUUGCCUCUCCACCCUCUGGGGGGCAUUGUCAACACCUGCCUGGUUAAAGUUGGCUCAUCUCUGGUUCCAGCCAGUGGGAAGGAGGCAAAGCGUGGAGCAGGCACGCCAGAUGCCUUAAGGCCUGGACCCUGCAGUGGCACACAUACUUCUGCUCACUUAAGUUUGGCAAGAACUUAGUUACGUGGCCACACCUAACCUGCAAAGGCGGCUGAGAAAUGUAGUCAAUCCAAGAAAGAAUGGGAGAACAGAUUUUGGUGGGCAACUUGGAGUCUCCACUAAAUUAGUCUCAUGGAAAGAACACUGGUUUAACUAAUUAGCUCUGCUAGCUCGCUAGGGGCAAAUCUCUCUACUUCCCCAUCUGUGAAAUUAGUGAGUUGUAUGAGCUGACCUGAAAUAUUUCAAAAAGUAAAGCUUGACAAAAUCUUGGCUGCUGAGAUUUUAAGAUGAGAAUUAAAAAUCGUUACAGUGAACAUGAGACUGAGUGAGCCUUGGGGCCAAUGGCUAAUGCUCUAAAGAUGGUGGAAAGGAAAGAUGGAAGGUAUUUUGGUGGUAUUGCAGAAUACCUGAACUAAGGGCUGUAACCGUCUACCUCCAGACUUCUUUUGAUGUGGGGGAAAAAAAAAGAAACUGCUAUUUGUACCUGCAGCUGAAGGCUUUCCUGUCUAAUAUGCGGUCUGUGCGGCCCUGGGAAGGUUGUUCAAGCAGCCUGAAUUUCCUCGUAUAUAAAAUGGAGUUAUUACCUCCAUUCCAGGGGACAUUGUAAGGAUUAAAUGAGGUCCUUCUGAAAGCAGCAUAGUGUUUGGCACUGCAGUGCCUAGUAAGUGGUUGGUAUAAAUUGGAUUUAUUUGGGGAAAAAAAUUGUUAAUGCUACUAAAGUGUUGGUUUAUAGUAUGGUGUCAGUUCCCAGAAGUUAUCAGGGCAAGCUCUGACUCAAAACUGACUGGUUUGGUGGUCCACGGGGCUACUGGCUAAAAAUUGGGCCUCAGGCUUUAUCUGUCAUCCAACCAGGCUUCAGCUGUUAGUCGUUA